CAGAUCAUCGAGCGCGUCCAGGGCAUCAACGGCGGCCAGACGGCCACUGGCACGCUGACGCUGACCGACUUCCACAUGAUCUUCAGCGCGACCAUCGAACAGCAGCCGCCUCGAGACGGCCAAGAAGCGCCGCCGCCGCCCAAGAAGCGCGAACGAUGGAUCACAUACCCGAUGCUCUCCCACUGCACGUUCCGGCCCACGCCGCCGGGUUCCCGUCAGGCCCCCUCGAUCCGAAUCCAAUGCCGCGACUUUACCUUCAUCGCCUUCAACUUCACCUCCACAGAAGUGGCCCGAGAGGCCUAUGACCACAUCAAGUGCCGCACGUGCAAGCUUGGGACCGUCCAGAACCUCUUUGCAUUUAGCCAUAAGCCCCCUAAGAUGGAGAAGGAGAUCAACGGCUGGAGUCUCUAUGACGCCAAGGCAGAGUUUCGUCGGCAGGGCAUCAGUGAAAAGCUCCCUGACAAGGGCUGGAGGAUCACCAACAUCAACCAGGACUACAGCUUUUGCGACACCUAUCCGGCCGUUCUCGUGGUGCCCUCCAAGAUCUCCGACAACGUCCUCAAAUACGCAAAGGAAUUUCGCUCGAGAAACCGGAUACCCGCCCUCUCCUACAUCCACCCGAUCAAUAACUGCACCAUUACAAGAAGCUCUCAGCCGCUCGCAGGCAUCACCAGGAGGACCAACGUUCAAGACGAAAAGCUUGUCGCCGCCUCCUUCUCAGCCUCGGUAGGCAGCGGGGGUUCGGAAGAUUCCUCUCCAAUGUCGAGCCAGGCAGAAAUGUCCAGCACCAGCAGCGUUAUGCUGGAGACGCAGCUGACGGAAACUGAGCGAUACGAGGACGAGCUCAUUUCUAGAUCUGCUGCCCUCUACGACGACAAGACUGGUAAGCGGCUCAUAUAUGGCGCUCAGCAGAACAACUUGAUUGUCGACGCCCGUCCCACAAUCAAUGCCAUCAUGAAUCAGGUCCAAGGGAUGGGCUCGGAACCUAUGGACAAGUAUAAAUUCGCACAAAAAAUAUUUCUCAACAUCGACAACAUUCAUAUUAUGCGGAAUUCUUUGCUCAAAGUGGUGGAGGCACUCAAAGAUGCCGACCUGUCUCCUCUGCCCCCCAACCGCGAGCUUCUACAUCAAAGCAACUGGCUGAGACACAUUCACGACAUCCUCGACGGGUCAGCGCUUAUUGCCCGCCAGGUUGGCAUCCGACACUCGCACGUCUUGAUUCACUGCUCGGAUGGCUGGGAUCGGACCAGCCAACUGAGUGCCCUGUCUCAAAUCAUGCUGGACCCCUAUUAUCGCACCAUUGACGGAUUCAUCGUCCUCGUAGAGAAGGAUUGGCUGUCCUUUGGUUACAUGUUUAGGCUACGCUCCGGCCAUCUUAAUUCCGAGGAUUGGUUUACUAUUCAGAAAGAUGCAUUCGCUGGCCUCAAGGUCCAACCUGGAGAGAGCGACGGACGAACCGAUGCCUUUCAGAACGUCAUCAGCGGCGCCAAGCGAUUCUUCAGCUCAAAUAAAGAAGAUGCGGCCGAUCUGGCCACUAUGGGUGAGGGUGCCAGCGGCCAAGUUGUAGAUGAGGAAGCCACCUCGCCAAAGAUGAUUAGCCCGGUUUUCCACCAGUUCCUCGACUGCAUGUACCAACUGCUACGGCAGAACAAGACGCGCUUCGAGUUCAAUGAACGCUUCCUCCGGCGUCUGCUGUACCAUGCGCACUCGUGUCAGUACGGGACAUUCCUGUAUAACUCGGAGAAGCAGAGAAAAGAUGCCGGCGUCGCGGAAAAGACGUCAUCCGUGUGGGAUUAUUUCCUCUGUCGAAGAGCCGAAUUUACCAACCCCGAUUACGACCCGACGAUUGAUGAUCACAUCAAGGGCAAAGAACGCAUCAUUUUGCCCCGUCUUGAUGAGGUUCGAUGGUGGCAUCAGUUGUUCGGCCGGACCGAGGACGAAAUGAACGGUGCCCUCAACGCCGCCGCCAUUGCAGAGAGCGAUAGGCAGGCUGCCGUCUCGAGUCUAAACUACCCCAGCGUCGCCCGAGUGGAAGAGAUUCCAGAGUCGUCGGCCCCGAGCCCAAAGCCACCCAGCCUCUCGACAAGCCAGUCGGCCCUCACAUCGGUGGAGACUGCGCACAGCAUCUUGACGCCUGAGGAUAGGCAGGCCGCUCUGCAGCAUAGCGUAUCUGCAGACGGGAUGAGCGCCUUUGCUGCGCUUCGUGAUGGCAUCGCCGGCCUGAACAUUAGCAAGGCCGUAAUGUCCAACUUUGGCCGCGCUACCGAUUCCGCUGCUACCGAGCCGGUUACCGAGGGCUCGGCCACAGCACACAUUCCUCGCGAUCAAGAGAUGCGAGAGAUGACAUAGGAGAUCAUGUUUCCAGACCAAGGCCCGGCGCCUUAUUUGAUCACAGAGACGCAAAAUACCCACCGCUGCUCUCGACCGCGCACCAAAGCAGACUAAUGGCUUGUCGGGGUUUCUUUUCUUUUCUCAGCAAGACGCGUGGCAUUCUCGUUCUUUUGAAAAGCUUCGAAUUAUGACGUUGAAAAAAUGACUGUGUAGGAUGAGAUUGAUGUGGCUACAAUGAACCCAGACGAUAGAUAAUCAUGAUAUUUUCUCCCUUCUCCCUUUGUUUUUUUAUUACCCCCCUCCCGCCAGAGCCAACCUUUGGCUAUAAAAAGAAACAAUGUCAUACAGAAACAGCGGAUAGAUGGUGAGACAUGGCAAAUACCGGUGAAAGAAUGGGUACGGACACGGGCACGAUAUUUGACUAGUCAAAAGCGCCAGCGAGUAAGGAUACAGGGGAUGACAGUUGUAAACAAUGAGCUCCCUGGACAGCAGCGCUGGAUCAGCCGGUUGAUCAAUUCCACCCCUGGUUGGGCAGUUAGGAUAUUAUGACAAAAAGCGGUGAUUACCUAGGUGUACAACAGCGAUGUCAGAGUAGAUUGUAGAGAGCAGUCUCAUGAAUGCUUAUGAUCUAGUUUGAAAUG